AGAACACGAUUUUUUUUUGCGCCAGCAGCCAGGAUCGAUGAUCCACAUUGCCUUCUCUAUCUUACCACUUAAGAUUACUUUCCCUCUCUAGCAAAUUGAGAUGCUUCAUAUACCUUCGUUCACUCUGUAUUUUCUUGAAACCAUGGAGGCGCUUGUGAUCCAAGAAAUUAUGACGCUCGUGGAUCCACGCUGCAAAGAUCGAUGUCAGCUGAGGCGCCUCUAGUUGUAUUUUUAUAGUAAUUUAUAAUAGGGGAUGCACUGACUUCUUUCAAAAAAUUUGAUAUCAUGAGCCAUGAUAUAAUAUUUAUAAAGCUAGCCGUAGCCCCCAGGUGUGGUUCCCCAGGGUGAAGAUUCGACGAGAGCACGACUCGCCUGCUAGAUCUGCACUCACUCGGAUACCCGGCACCUUCUGAAACUUUCAAAGUUUCGCAUGAAGUCCGCGCGCCUUCUCUCAGGGGAACGGCCGGCGACGGGGCUCGGCUUGCUCUCAUGUUUCUGCCUGCGGACACGCCGACACCAGGGCAACAAGACCGCCCGCCCCCCGUAUCCUUACGGGGGGACAGAUUCCAAACGCCCGCGGAUCGACGGCGCAGGGCUUGGCCUGUUCGCGAUUUGUGACCUGCCGGGCUGGCCAAGUGGGCAAGUGUUUGCAGCUCGCUCCGGAAGGACUCCGUCCGGUCCGAAUCUUGGAGGUGACUCGACUCUCAGGGAGGUCGUGGCCUUCAUCAGGGUGGUCGCCGCCCCGCAUGCUUAGGAGGGAAGGCCUAGGGGAGCCCUGGCAAGGUGGUGCAGCGUUGUAAAAUGGCGUGCGGCUUGUCGGUCGAUCGUGUAGCCCCUUCUGCGGCUCAUGUCGUAACCCUCAAAAUUCGCGCUCUAACUUUCAAGGCUGUUCAAGUCUUGUCUAACUCUCAAAGUUUACGCCCUAACGUUGGAAAUAAUUCAUAUCUACCAAACUGUCGAAGUUCAUUCCCUAGCGAUCUUUCAGAAUUCACGCCCUAACUUUAUAAGCCCAUGCCUUGAGAACUCUUAAAAGUCAUGGCUUGACUUUCAAAAUUCAGGCUCUACCUCUAAGCGUCAAAGUCCAGGCGUGCCACAACUUUGAGAAGUCAUGGCUUCGCCUUCAAAAUUCAUGCGUGUUAGCCUUCAAAGCUCAUGCUGCGUUGACUUUCAAAAUUCAUGGCUUAUAAACUUAAGUGCAAAAGAACCCAUCGUCUAAGAAGAUUGCGAACUCGGGUCGGAGAUUUUUUUGUCGAAGCAAGUCAUGCCCUAACUUUCAACAUUCUUUCAUGCCCUAACCUGCGCAAUUCAUGGGCAUACAUAGCAAAACUCUGCGCGUUUCCGCUUUUGCAGUGUUUUCGCGGCGUUGGUUCCCUCGCUUACUUUCAAAACCAAAACUCAAAACCUCAAAUCUUCAAGGCUGAAGCCCAAAACUUCAAGCCAUCCGAAGCUCGAAGCCCAAACUCAAAAACAAAGCCCAAGACUUGAGAUCUGAAGUCAAGGCUUGGCAUGUAAAUAACUCAAAACUCAAAAUCUUGAGCCAAAAAAUGAAAACGAAGACCCUCGCGACGUCGAGAGGUCAGCGACUGAGGCGGUUUGGUGGGGAGUAUGCGCCAGGGCCAACCUUGGCCAGCGGGUAGCCGUCGCAACCGACAGCCACAGCAAGCCCAACCCCAACCCUCGCGCCCGCGCGCUUCCAAGCCCCGCACUGCGGAACGACAACGACGCAGCCCUGCGCCUGGCUCUCCGUGCCGCCUUAGCAAGAGAGACUCGGGCCACCUGGCAGACUGGAGACGAGGCGCACCCGCGGCCGUGGGCACUCGUGUGCCAUCGGUAAGCAACGAGACCGCGGACCAGCUAGCCGCCGAGCUGUAGCAAGCUUGGCGACAUUCUCCGAGACUGAAACGGGACAGGCGACCAGCCACCGACGGACAGCACCGAAAGGAGGCAAAUGAACCAAGCAGAGGGAUAGGAGUACGCAGCGGCCGCUGUGGUGAAGCUUAUCGCUUUCGCUGCUUGCGUGUUAUGAUGGGGCGGGGCUGAGCUAGGACUAGGUGCUGGCGGCGAAGAUGAGGAAGAGGAAGGGGGAGACACGUAAGCAUGUGACGCCAAAGAGAAAGAAGACAGGGCGAAAGGAGAAAGCAUGAAGGACGGCGCAUUAACGUAUGAACGCCAGGCAGACCUACCCCGGAAGCCUCGGGUUGAAAGGAAGCGACCAAGAAUGCAAGGACGGCCACCAGGCAGCUUGACCGCGUGACACCGCUACCCACGCCAGCCGCUCCCCAUAUAUGCGGCCUGCUGCAUAGCCCGACACACACCAGAGCCGGCGGCGACAAGAAGGCAAGGACGCGCGACCAAGCCAGCCGUAACAUUCAUAGUCGCACGCAACGCCGACCAUUGCAGCAGAAAACACACAGCAAAAGAAGUCUGGCAAGGCCGUAUGCGUUGCCCGGGGCGCAUCGAUCAAUACAAACAAACAAGGCAAAGCUUUACAAGUAAAGGGAUUGACUUUACCUUCGCAUUCAGUCGUAAGCUAUUUUUUACAUUCCUUUACUCCGUCCUCGCUGUCCAGGUCGUCAUCUGUGGUCGGCAUGUGAUUCCUGCAUAGAAGGUCCAAGUAACUCGUCGCCCUCAAGUACUCGCAGCUGCGGUUCGGCUGCAGUUGAUAAGCUGAUGCUGAUCAGAGCAGCAGAGCUGGCCAGCAGGGGUCUACUAGGCUAAAAUGGACGCGUCUUGGAUGAAGAAGACUGGCGUAUUGUCUUGUAUUUCUUUGUUGUACAAACGAUCCGUUCUUUGAUGUACAUUCUUAAGCAGGAUAGGAAAAGCGCGUCUCUGCAUCUUACUAGAAAAAGUUUGAUUGCAUAGAUAGAAUCGAGGAUGAUGAUUAACGAAGGAGGAGUAUGACUCUUUGGCUGAACUUGUAUCGUCAUCGGUCAAACCACGACUCCGUCGAGCUAUCAGACCACUAGAAAGACUGUCAUGACUACUUUGACCAUAUUCAUUGAGUAUUUAGUAGAUGAAAUGAACCAAAACUUUUUAGCUUGGCGGCGCAGAAUUGGCUUCUGGCAAACGGAAUAAUCGAGAAAGACGAGGAACGUGUGGCGAGAAGGCGAAAUUAAUAGUGCAUGAUGGUGGGGAUGGGGAAAAAGUCACGGUUUAUGAGCCCACAUCUGCGAGCGAUGUCGCGGGCAGCGACCAGGAUAGGGCACAAGUAGAUGAGAGCACCGUAUUCGCACUCGCCGAGGAAGGUACCAAAAAUCGGUUAACCAGAACGAGGAGCACGUUAACAGUUUCGGAUGUUAUGGCUACAGUUAAUUUUGAUAAUGUUGAAGAAAAUAUUAUAUGAAUUCGGAUCUCGAUCUCAUAGUCAUGCUUGUCAUCUUAGCUCACAUCGAACAAGGUGUCUGUAAGUAUCUUCUUUGGUGAAUUAAAGCAAGCUUGAUUUCAAUAACUAAGCAACAACCGGCUAGUUUUCACCUCACCAAAUCUAGACUUAUCCCGUGCAACAAUAACUAAGCAACAACUACGAAGAUGAGCAUGAGUGAGGCCCACGACGUUUUUUCUUGACCCGCUUUAAGAGUGACUACACGGAUUCCGAUAAUGAUUUCUUUAGCGACGGUGAUGACGAAACCGACGAGGCAAGAAGCGACUUCGACAGCGCUGAUGUGGUAAGGUCCGGUCAUCAAGUAAUGGACUGGAGGGAAGCAAGCACAGGCCCCUUUAGGACGGCGAUGCACACUAGUAGUGAUGAACAUGAAGGUGGAUCAUGUGGCGCACGCUACGCCUGGGUGUACGCGUAUCUCCUCUUAGUUGGUUGUGGUUUGCUUGCGUCUUUUGGCUUGUUCUACAAUCAAUACAAGAGUCUAUUCCUCGCAACACCAACUAGAAGUAGUACAAGUAGUUCCACUUCUUCGCAUGGAACAAGUCAUGGUCCGAAACAUGAAAUAAAACACAUUCCUCCUCCUGUUCCUGACCCUCGCAGAGUUGUAGAAUCUGACGGCUUGUCCACCUCGUCGUCGUCCUCACGCCCUGCUUAUCCCGUUCUUCACUCAGUUAAGCGCUCCUGGCAAGUAGUAGCCUUUCCACAGCCAUAUCUUGACUGACUUAAAUCGUGUCAAGAAAUGACUAGUAGAACGUAAAUUAAAAAGAGGAGCGAGAAGUUAUAGAAAGACACUCAUGCUCAUGGUGGAUAUCAUGCGACAGUGCCGAUAGAAGAUGGAUCCUCUUCAGAAUGGAAAACUCCAUCUCUAAUGUGAAAGCUGCGACCACUGCUGAGAAACGCAAGUUCAUGGCCAAGCGGGGACCGGAUCGAGCAGGAGAAGUACUAUCUUCCGUGAAAACAACAGUGCAAGAAGAAGAGCUGCCAGUGACUGUGGCAGGUUCGGGCGUGCAUGAACAGCUUGGUAAGAACGAGAAGGGAACGCGCCAGAAUUACGGCAGAAUAUACGGCAGAGUCUGUGAUAUUAAUUCGCUUUUAGAGGUCAUUUGCAUUUUCCUUUUUGUGUUUGUGCUAUAGCAGGGGGCUCGAUAACGAUUCAUUGCGCAGGACAUAUUCUGCUCUUUCCUGAUACCUAGGACUAUCAAGGAGGGGUGGACUGAAUUGGUAACUUUUUUGUAAGUAAAGUACUAGACCUCAGCGCCCUAAUAUAGCUCUCCCCCCACGUCCACUAGAAUCCUCCACCUCCUUCAAGCGUUUCCUCCGUCGGGACGCGCCUCCCCCGCUUCUCUUCCGCCAGAUCGCGACGCCUUCCGGGCGGAGUUGAUCCGCGGAAGAGGAGUCGGGGCAGAGGUGCCGCGGAAUUUCACAGAGGAAGCAAGGCGCACCCGCGAGGUUUUUGAGAUGUUUCAAAUUUUGGCUUCUUUUCCGUAUCGCGCAAGUUUCUAUUUUUGUAGGGAGUCCAGACUGCAAAGCUUUACACUUGCAGCGCUGUAGUGGAGACUUGGAGUUGGUGCGGGUUUGGCGCUUUUAGUUUGCAGCAUUAAGCUUGCAGAUUGAAGCCCGUUGCUUUCAGGGUGAAGCUCUGAGCUUGAGGGAAGCUCUCGGCGCAAGGCUUCGGGCUUGGCGCCUUGGUUUUGAAGCUUUGGGCUUGCAGGCCAAAGCUUCCACGUUCUUGGGCUUGGCGCUUCGGCUUUGAAGUCUUGGAUUUGGAGUUUUGGGUUUCAGAUUUUUGAUUUGAGAUUUUUGCUUUGAGAUCUUGUGUUUGAGAUCUUGGGUUUGAGAUCUUGGGUUUGAGAUCUUGGAUUUGAGAUUUUGGGUUUGAGAUUUUGGAUUUGAGAUUUUGGAUUUGAGAUUUUGGAUUUGAGACUUUGGAUUUGAGGUUUUGGAUUUGAGAUUUUGGGUUUGAGAUUUUGCGCUUGAGAUCUUGGAUUUGGGAUUUUGGACUUCUGAUUUUGGAUUUUGAAUUUUGGACUUGUUUGAGUUUUGGAUUUUAAGUUUUGAACCAUCUUGAAGCUGCUUUGGGCUUGAGAUUUUGGAUUUAAAAUCUUGGAUGUAAAACCUUGGCUGUAAAAUUUUGGAUGGAAGAUUUUUGAUGUAGGGCCUUGGACGUAAAGUUUUGGAUGUAAAAGUUUGGACUUGAAAUUUUGGAUUUGGCGUGAUGAAGUGGUAGGCUUGAGAUUUUGGAAGCCUUGGCCUUGAAGUUUUGGGCGGUUUAAAAUUUCGGACUUGAAGUUGAGUUCAAGCCUUGGACUUAGCGUCUUGGACUUGAAGUUUUGGAUUUGCAAUCUCGGGUUUGGGGACUUGGGCUUGAAGUUUCGGACUUCUUUGGAACUUUCGGUUUGAAGCCUUGGACGCAACGUCUCGGGCUUUUUAAAUUUUGGGCCUUAUAUAUACGUUUUGGGCUUGAGGUCUUCGGCUUGGUUUGAAUUCUUGGACUUGCGGCGUUUUAAAGUUUUAGCCUUUGAGUUUGAACCUGAAAGGUUGAAGGCUUUGGAUUUUGGUUUUGGUUGAUAUUAAACUAAAAAAUUUUGCUACUUUUGCCGAAAGUAGAGAAGUUUUAAUUUUUUGACUCUGUCGCCUAGGUUUUUAAUCGAACUGCUUGCAGCCGACUACACCCCGCGGACAGCCUGGGCGCGCGUUUGCUGGGGUUGGUGUUAUCGUAGGCCAAUAACAUGCCACGACUGCGAAGUUCGUAAGUUUAUAAGUCCAGGAGUCUGCAGGUUUAUACGCUGGCAGGCAGCUCAUACGCUCGCGGGCUCAUACGCUGGGAACGGGAAGCUCGUAGGCCCAAAGGCUAAGUUCAUGAGCUGAGCCCAAAUGUCUGCAAGUUCGUGGGUUGCGUUCGUAAUUUACGCCCAAGCGAAGUCCAAAGGCAAAGUUCUUAGGCUCGUAGGCAGGUUCAUAGGUUCGGGGUUUUGUUGUUGCACUUGCAGUGUGUUUGGUGCAGGUGUUUUUGGUAUGGGUGCAAGCGUUUUGGGUUCAGGUGUGUUUGGUUCAGGUGUGUUUGGUUCGGAGGUUGGGAGAAGCGAAGCGUUGUUGACUUUUUUUAGCUCUUUCAUGAGUAUUAAUUUUUUUUCUCGAAGGGCUACGGCUGAUUGUGGGAGAACUUAUUGGCUAAGCCUAAGUCAACAAAUGAAGUCGCAACAUGAAACUCGCUAAUUAUAGAAAUGGAACACCGCUGGAGUGGGAAGCGUGGUAGGUGCCAAGCAUGAGGCAGCUGCAACUACAUUGGUAUGAAGGGAGGACAUUUUUGCCAAUGCAGGCACUACUAGAUGAUUUGUUGGCGGGGACGCUUCGUCUUUAUUUCUUGGUUGCAACAGAGUCACAGUCCUUUUUAAGCGGCUGGCGGCUUUCAGGCACCAAAUACGGUCAGUCUGUCAUGUAUUUCAAUUUCUUACAUAGGUGCUGUUCCUAUGAGACUUGGUAGAGCGUUGUCGAAGGAUGAAAAAUAAGAAAGCUCUAAACAAGUUGGAGCUGCAAGCUGGUGCACACGCUGAUGCAGCCUGGCCGCCUGCAGAGUUUUGGCCGCACGCUCAGGAGUACAUACGUGCCGAAAUUACUAGUAUGGCCAGCAGCAGCUUUUAAGUAAAUUUUCUUUGUGCCUCCUCCUCGUCAGUUUUUUCUGCCAGCAUGAAAAAUAUUGAGUGCUCAUAGUGCAGCAGGCUUGAGUAAGUAGAGAUAAAAGCAGCGUCUUGGAGAGACACAAGUCGUGGCCUAGAAUAUUGAUGCUCAUUUCAGUGUAGAAGCUAGCAUCAGGGACUCAAUCAUGAUCAUGAUUAUGAUGACCGCGCGAGGCCUUGUGGCCUAGAAUUCUAUGCCAUCUAAGGCGGCGACUGAAAUGGAUAAAAAGAAGCAUCCCCUUUAUGAGCAGCUUUUUCGAGCGCAGGGAAAAACGGGAGUUGUAGACCAGUACGUUAAGGCGAGGUUAUCACUAUCCCAUGUGGACAGCUAUGCUGAGUGGAGUCUUCUUUGAAGUUGGGGCGAGUUUAACGGAAGGAAAGGGAAGCCACUUCAGCGCGGAUAAUGAAAAACUACCUCUAAGUACGGUCGAGAGGUAAAUAGCUUCGGCAGUUUUAUUGUGCCUCUCGGUCUUUCUCUAGCGGCCGAACAGGAACUUACGAUGUGGGUUUAUUACUUCCUUGUAUCUUCUUUGUUUCACUUUCAGAAUAUCUUUUCUGACACACUAAGUCUAACUCAGUAUGCAUUGUCUAAUGUGAAAAAGCCUGGCUUUAGAAGACAGAGACGACAGAUAGAUGCCAUUUAGACUCUAUUUCGAGAAAUGCAGCAACACAGUCGAGGUCGAGGUGCAUGCGCUGGCGCUGGGGCUACAGCUGGUAAGACACAUGAUGACUCUCUCUACCUCUAAUCUGAAACACGAUCAGGGGAACGGGAACAAAGUUAGCGUGCAUAAGAUUCCACUCGAACCGAAAGACGGCUCACCUGGAGGCCCUUCUCUGUACAUAAUUUAUGGCUCCUCUAUUUUUGUUUGUAUCCACGUACGGUCGUUUCCUUCGUUUUCCUCCUCAUGAGAUAAGUACUUGUUAUUUUGGAAGUUUAGUUAUAGUUAGACCGUGAAGUCCGGAGCGAGCUGUAGGCUAACUGAACAGAAGCGGGCAGCGGGGGCUUUGCUCGACACUGGUGGUUCUGCAGUAUAUUCGUCAAUUAGAUUUUAAUCGUUUACUUCGAAUAUAAAGCUAUGUAAGCAUGCUUGUAAAAAGAAUCUAGUAUAAUUCACGAAUAAAUCAACUGAAAGGCAAAGUGAUGCCAUUGGUACUACCAGGGAUGCAAAACGUGUCGUAGCUCUUCUAAACAAUGCCAGGAGAACAUCACCACCGUAAUUUGCCGGAGGAUGUCCUGGGAAUAUCCACAUGUCCUGGACAAGCGACCUUUCCAAAUGUUAUGAAUUCCAAAUCAUGUUUUUAUCAUGUUGACUAAAGAAUCAAAAUCAAUCAUCAUGUUUCUCUUUUGAGAAGCAAUCAAGUUAGUUUUUGGAGGGUGAAGAUGUCACUAGUGUUAUCCUUCAUUUUGCUUACCAAACUUACUUUGGGUUAAUGUAGAAGUGAUGCAGUGUUGCACUAAACAACUAUCAAAUUUUAGUUCUGUCCGGAUCGUCCGCAUCAGCUACCAUCUCCGUAUAGCUACACGUAGUUGACAGUCGCGCCACCUAAUUUGUGCAAGGCGCACGCGAACGGGUACGAAUGCGUGACGAAGCAUCUGUCCUGGGGGACUGACCUUCGGAAGCAGAAGAACAUCGUGGAGAACUUGUUCCUUCACAUUAAGCGCUGCGCCAAAAUGUUGAUAAGUAAAACUCAUAUUAAGCAAUAGAAGUACGUAGAUAAUCCGUCUAGAUUUGUCAUGACAAUGUACUCGCUAACAACGAACUUCAAAGUAUGACGUCAUCCUCAAGGCCAAGGGAAGGUAAUACCGAGAAGAGGAUGGAAAUAUGUUGCUGCAUGAGUCAAUAGACUGUAGAAAUACGCUGUUGCUGCGACUGCGUGACGACCAUUCGGAAACCUCUAAUCAAACUCUCGCGUACCACUUUUUUCUGCACAGAAGUUAUGGCCGAUGAGGUAAUCACUAUCACGUGUGUGCCGGAGAUCCAAUUCUUUGGACCGACCAACGACAACGUGUACUUGAGCACUGUCUUUCCGAGCAGGCUCGCUUUGUUCGUCGUUUUCACGCAUUGUUUGCUUUUCGGCAAGUUUGAAAUAAUGUUCCACUGAUGUUUUUCGUGUCGAUAAAAAUUUUCACAAAAAUCUAGGAGCAACUUUGUUACGGAAAAAAUGUUGUCCUCGUCUUUUCAUAUGAGGAAAAAGAGGGGAACCGAAGGGGAGCCACUCUGCGUUGCUCGUCCAGAUUCCGUAUGGUUGGCGCCAGACGGUCACGGGGUAUACUACGUGGUGGAGUGGGUCGAGGCAGUGUCUCGUCACCGCAUUAAAGCAGAGGAAGGUUAUGCUCCCAACAUUACUCUCAGAAAAGACUCACUCUAUCUUUCAUGUUGUAGUCUCAUCGUUUUUCUUGAAAUUCUAAGGUCGUGCUUACUCUGCAUAUGUAUCUGCAUCAAAAUUUUUUAUCAAAUUAUUUCUCAUCGGAUACACCAUGCAGUAGCUAGUAAGUUGUUGCGGUUUCUCCUUCAUUCUAAGUUAUUGAUCCUUGUUCUCGUAGUUCUUCUUCCGAAAAUUUCAUGCUACUUCCUUACUCUCCCUUAAAAGUCAAGUGAGCGAGCAUGAUAUUGGCGAAUGCCAUCCAUGUAUCGCAGUUCGUGUCGUGUUUUUCUAACUUUAUUUACCGAUCAAAUUCAACAUACAUAAAGCAAAAGCACUUUCUUCUGCUUGUUCAUACUUUGCACAAAGCGGAGGACAUGUACCGGAAAUUCGAGGUCUGUGUCGAGAUCAUGCAUAAAGACGCUGGACUAGCUUUUGGCGAUGCAAUAAUAGACAACGUCGGUCUAUCACGAAACAAAGACGCUGAGCAUUCUCUUACUCUUACGGUUUUCUGAAUAUGAUCGUGGUCGCUGACAGGAGUAUCCAAAUUGUUUUCAAGAUAUAUGAUGAGAAAAAUAGAAAUUUUUUUAACAGAGCAGUAGAGAAGGCACUCUGCUGGAUUAAAGGUUGAAAUAUUUCAUUUUUACAUGCUUCUCUCACAUUCAUAUAAGCUUCCUUGCUCUUUAGAAAUGAAACGCUUCAACCUUCAACUGGAGAGGCGCUGGUAUAAUCGCGGAUUAGUUGUAGGCACAUGCUUAUUUUCAUUCAUUGGUCACUACCACGAAGAAAUAUAUUCAACGCACUUGAUGGACCGACCAGUUGUACAACUCCUCGUUGUAAAUCGAAAUCCUUUUAGUUGUAGUUUUUUACCUUUAACCACUUCGAUGCCCGUGCUGGUAGGAAGGCAACAAUAGUACUGAGUUCACAUGAUCUUCUAAUGUAUCACUGUUGUACAAUUUCGCCCACGCUGCCGCGUACAUCAAACAACCGUUCGAAAUCUUGGCGGGUAAACCUAAGCGGUGGCCUAGAGCAAACGGGUAUGGGUACGGGAGUCAUGACAAAAGGUACCGGCAUCCACAGCAGUUCAUGUUGCCGAGCUGCAGCAUCACAACAGGGACCUUAGUCAGCGGGAAGCCCGUUGAGGGUGAGUAUCAGAAGCCGCAGCAGCAACCGCCUGCCUUUUUACGGAAGAUAAACAACUACCUAAAAACAGUUCUUGUCUGACGAGGUCGUUGUCAUCACCUAUCACGACCUGCUGUACAGUUUACAUCUACAUGAUCCAGACCGAAAAAGCAAGAAAGAUAGCUUUUUAGAAGAAGGAGAAUCAAUGGACGGAUGGCUUAUGAAUAGAAAGCUGCUUCCUGGGACAUACUUCUAAUCUUCAUCGGCCUUCAUGCGGAUCUUUACACUUUCUCAGCCAGCAUUGUGGACAAACUUGUCUUGGCAUACACCUCACAGCUUUGGCUUGCUCCUAUAUGUGGAUACGAUCUUCUAGCUGAAGCAGAGCUUAAGGCUGGUUGAGCCUUUCUAUUUUUGUCCUUUCAAUGAGUGGGAUGAGUACCAAGGUACUACUUUUAUCCCUUCUGAAUGUAGUAAUAUGGUUGGUGCUGCAUCUUUCUUGACAAGUCACUGUUCGUUCGUCGAGUUGUUCCUAUUAUAGAAACAGUCAGGAAAAAUCUUCGGGAUAGCUACAGAUAUGGAAUCACUCAGUUCUAGGGUUUAGAAUUGCUUAUAAUUACAGUGGGGAAUAUUAUUGUUCAGUGAAUAAAGAAUCAAUCACCUCUAAUCGUCGUCUGGGCAAAGUCGCAGUGCUAACUGGUCGUGAGAACUACGACAGCCCACUAAAACCGUUUGAGUGGUGCACGGAUCAAAGCAGAUGCCAGGCUGCCGCGACGUCGAUGCACAAUUAAGGCGCAAUGCAAUUCAUUUCCAAGUGUCUUUUUUCGUUGUUUCCUUCUUGAUGAGGUUCAUCUGAAGAAUUCAAUCGAAGGGAGAGCAAGAGUGAGGCGCUUUGAGCUCUAACACAAGUUGUGUGACAGCGAACCCCUGAAGCUUUACGUUCGCGAAAAGCAGAAGAGCGCGAACGGGGAGAUUGUUCUCGGCGGACUUCCUGUGGAGUUGGAAAAUCAGCCUAACGCAAGAAAAGUUCCGACGUGUUAUGCCAGGAAAAUCCGUGGAUAUUUUCACCAAAUCUAUCCUUUAAUAAGUAAGUACAUGGUAAAACUAAAAGGGAGUCCGUUGAUGAAGUUGACUCAGAAGUAGGAGAAUGGAGACGUAGAAACCCAACUACUACUUGUGCAGGUUGUCCUACCACAUGUCCUUGUCCACUAGCUCUAGUUCGAGAAGUAGUUCUUGCAGCUGUGGUGCUGUCACUCGCGUAUUCAUCUUCAUGACAUCAAUGUAUCGUAUCAUGCUCGUUCAUGUCUGCUAUAGAGGAUACACGGAGAAGCAGAUCGAGACGUUAUUCAAGUUGCGAUCGGAUCCGGAAUACUAUAGUUGGAUGGGCGUUAUUUUGCGUGGGUUCAAGUAUUCCGGUGCAGUAAUGACCACCAAAGGCCCGCAUCCGUACCAAACGCUGACUACGGAGAGUCGCGACGAGGAGGUAGCCAUACAAGACCAAGCUCUCGGGGCGCCGGCUCAAGCACAACAACACGCGCAGGGCCAACUUCGAGCGGCUGCGGCGCCCCAGGAGGGCCAGCUCCUUCGUGCUGGCCCAGAGAAGAUGAAGGACAUCGCAGGUCUUCGAAUCCAGAAGGCUCACGAUGACGGGAACCAGUGGGACACCUUUGGAUAUGGCAACUUUUUCAUCUUCAUCCAUUCAUUCGUGUAUCUCUCAGUAAAGUACUCAGCAACAACAUUACAACAGCAUGGGCUAUAUGAAGCCUCGUGAUAGACAGGAAAUGAAUGGAACAUGGAACAAUUGGAAAAAAUCAAAAUGAAAAUAUGAAGCUUGUGACUCUUCCUUAUUGUCGUUAUUACCCCUCUUAGUCUUACAGCAAUUGCGUUACAUGACUUACUAGCCUAGAGAGACGCGCAGCACUUAGCCGCACUAGAAUCCACGCCCACCAUAAAAAGACACGACGCGACGCCGCGACCGCACCCACCGACAAAAGCCGGAGUGCUGCCACGCCGCGAAAAACAAAAACGCACGCCCAAGCAUGGAUGCCGGCGCGCGCCUUUAGCGUGUGCGCAAUAUGGGGGCGGGGAGUGGGCUGCUGGCGUUCCCAAUAUUUUUGGUCAUUUGGAGGCUUCUGGUGGAAAUUGCUGGGGUUUUAUUUAGCUCUUGAAGAUUGUCGAGCCCCAGCCCUAGAAGUAGGGGGCCAUAAAGUACUUAACCG